AUGAUACGCAAAGGAAAAGAGACGAGUGCCUCCGUGUGCUUGGCUGCCGCAGUGAUUCUCACGUGUUGUUUGGUGCAAACGAUAGAUUGUUACCGAUUGAGGAAAACCGAGAGAAGAGAAGGACGAAAAGAAGCUGAUGCAACCAAAGAAACUGCCUUUCAAGGAGGGAGAAUCGUUUUCGGGAGAAGUUUUGAGGAAGCAUCCGGCCUUGACCCACAGGUGAUCCAAGGGACCAAGAAAUCUUCGUCAAACUCCUCCACAGAGGAUGAUGCUGCCUAUCAAGCUGACUUUGCAGGUAAAGUCUUGAGUUCUCCCUACAAAUUCAUCUAAGUGUUUGUUUGGUUUAAAUUGCAUAUUAUCUUAACGUGCUCAUUGCUUCUUCUUAGGGUGGUCAAAGGGAUACAUGCAAGAUACUGGCAGCAAAGAAGCAUUAUGGAAGCGCAUGGCGCCGUCCCUGCAGUGUGGUGGGGACCAGCUGAAGUUCAGAGCUGUGGGACCAGGUGUCUCACAAUUUACAGUCGAACGCGGUAAUGAACCUAAUACUUUUUUUUUUUUUUUUUUUCUAAUCGCUUCCUAAUAUCACCUGUUCAAUGUUGGCACUCACUGAGAAUUUCUCCACCCAGGGAAUGCACCACCAAUGCCUUUGUCGCAGGUCCCGUCCACCUGUGGCUACAACAUGCAGAGGAACCCUUUUGCACUAGAUAUGUCUGUCCCCUAUGAUGGCUGCAACAUGGUUCAAGAGGUAAUGUUUCCUGAAAUGUAAUAUAAUCUUGCUCUAGUCAUACUGGAGUGAAGAGAGGUGGUAACCUAAAAAGCUGGCAAAGUUAAAUGUUUGGGCUUGGCUUGGCAGAUUAAUACUAAGUGUUUAAGACAGAGGGCGUAUGUAUUUGUCACUGCCAUUGUCGCCAGCUCAUGGUUUUUAAACUGAUAGUGUAUUGCUUGGUUUUGUUAUGCUAUAACCCAUUGGUCAACAAUUGAAAAUUGGUUUCUAAUUUGCUUUCUCUUUGCUUCAAAGGGUGGGAAUUAUGUGCUCCCAAUGCGUUGGCAGGGAAUUCCUGUUUCUCUCUGGUGUCCCAAAUCGGCAGCUCCUGCACCUCAGACACCUCUUCAUCCUUCAUAUCAGCAAAUGCCCCAGAUGCCUGUCUUUCCACAAUAUGGCAUGCAUCCAUAUUCCUCAUAUCCCAAAGCUCUUCCAUCCUAUUACUAUCCACAGUAUCCUCAGGUUCCACAGUAUCCUCAGCACCCUCAGGUUCCACAGAAUCCUCAGGUUCCUCAGCAUCCCCAGCACCCUCAGGUUCCACAGUAUCCCCAGGUUCCACAGUAUCCCCAGGUUCCACAGUAUCCCCAGGUUCCACAGUAUCCCCAGGUUCCACAGUAUCCCCAGGUUCCACAGCAUCCCCAGGUUCCACAGCACCCUCAGGUUCCACAGCACCCUCAGGUUCCACAGAAUCCUCAGCACCCUCAGGUUCCAGACCCUUCAAAGGGGGUUACCACCACAACCACUCCAGCAAAACCCACACUCACAACAACUCAAUCUACAACUACCCAAGCUGCAACCACUCAGUCAACAACAACCAAAGAAGCUGCCAAACCGCCACCACAGUUUCCACCAUUUUUUCCUUUCUAUCCUCCUUUCUACCCUCCUUUUGUCCCUCCCUAUCCCCAGUAUCCAACUCCUAAAACUACUACGACAGCACCCACCACCACCACCAAAGCCCCUACAACUCCAUCACCUGCAGGCCUGCCACCAAAUUUCUAUCCUCCUGUCCCUGGACCUCCCUAUUCAUUCCUACCCUUCCCACCCAACUUCCCUCUAUUCUACCCUCGCCCUCCAGUUUAA